AGGUAAGAAUGUCUGAACCACGCAGGCACUCAACGUCUUUCCUGCCAGGUAAGAAAGACGGCGCAUUCUCUUGUCGUUUAGCCUAGACAGUGAUACCAAGAGAAGCUUACUAAGGCUGGAAAUACCUGUUUGUUUUGUCAAUUUUACUGUACAUAUGAGAGUACCAGAGAAUGUUGUGGUUGUUCUUUCAUAUGCCUAUAGUAGUAACCGCGAGGACCAAUGGGGACUGCUGUACUUCUGCUCCUGAUUCUUCGGCAUUGGAUCAACAACGUGGAGGGAACAUGUUCGGUUGGCAGUGCAGUGACUUGUGACGAGUGUCUCCAGCUGGGUCCCCACUGUGCAUGGUGCACACAAGAGAAUUUCACAGACUCGUUUUUAAUCAGUGAGCGAUGUGACACGCCGUACCUCCUCCAAGAGAGAGGCUGUCCCCAGGACCAGGUAGAAUUCCCAGUGACCACUUCCGAGGUCCUCCGGGACCAGCCACUCGGGAAGAAGACAGGAAAUACCAACAGCACAGAGAUAUCACCACAGAAGAUGGCCCUCAAACUCAGAACUGGCAGUGAGGUGACCUUCCAGGUCAGUGUGCAGCAGACAGAAGACUACCCUGUAGACAUCUACUACCUGAUGGACCUCUCAGCCUCCAUGAUUGACGACCUGGAGAUGAUUAAAGACUUGGGCUCCACCCUGUCCAAGGAGAUGGCAAAGCUCACCAGUAAAUUCAGACUUGGAUUUGGGUCCUUCGUUGAGAAACCAGUCCUCCCGUUCAUUAAGAUCACUCCUGGAGAGCUGGAUAACCCUUGUAGGAGUGUGGAUGAGAGCUGUCUGCCAACGUUUGGAUACAAACACGUCCUACCCCUCACCAGCAGCACAGAGAAGUUCAACAAUAUCAUCACCAACCAGCGUGUGUCUGCCAACAUCGACCUGCCGGAGUGUGGCUUCGAUGCCAUUAUGCAGGCUGCUGUCUGUGGGGACAAGAUAGGCUGGAGGAACGACUCCAUGCGUCUGCUGGUGUUUGUGAGCGACGCCGACUCUCACUUUGGGAUGGACAGCAAGAUGUCAGGCAUCGUCGUCCCUAACGACGGGGAGUGCCAUCUGGACAGCAACAAUGAAUACUCUAUGGCUGCCCAUCUGGAAUACCCAACUCUGGGACAGCUGAUGGAUAAACUGGUGGACAAUAAUAUCCUGCUUAUAUUCGCUGUGACGGAAAAUCAGAAACACAACUACGAGAACUAUGCAAGUUUCAUACCUGGCGCCACGGUGGGGGUUCUGGAGUCAGAUUCAAGGAACAUCCUGGAACUGAUUGUGACGGCGUAUAAAGAGCUGCGGUCUGAGAUAGAGCUGGAGGUGCUAGGAGACACAGAGGAUCUACAGAUCUCCUUCACAGCGAUCUGUCAGGAUGGGACGGUACUACCUGGACAGAAACGAUGCUCCAACGUCAAAGCUGGAGACACGGUCUUCUUCAACGUGACCGUAGAACUCUCUGAGUGUCUCGACGGUCCCCAGCGUUUCCUCAUGAAACCGGUGGGCUUUCAGGACCCCCUGGAGAUAGACCUGGAGUCCCUGUGCUCCUGUGCCUGUCAGCAGACCCCCGAGCCCAACAGCAGCCACUGCAGCCUGGGCCGGGGAUCUCUGGAGUGUGGCUCCUGCCUGUGUGAUCCCGGGUACAUGGGCUCCAAGUGUGAGUGUACGGAGGAGAGCGUCCAGAGCAGUAACUGCAAGGCCAGUGGCGCUUCGGAGUCCUGUAGCGGGCAAGGGGAGUGUUACUGCGGCCAGUGUGUGUGUCACCCGUCUAGUUUCGGACGCGUCUACGGGGCCUACUGCGAGUGUGACGACUUCUCGUGUGUGAGGUUCCGAGGGUUACUCUGUGGAGGUCACGGGGACUGUGACUGUGGCGAGUGUGUGUGUCAUAGCGGCUGGAUAGGGGAGUACUGUAACUGCAGCAGCAGCAGGGACACGUGUGUGUCGGAGGACGGAGCGCUGUGCAGCGGACGGGGGAAGUGUGUGUGCGGGAAGUGUGUGUGUUCCAUGCCCGGAGCCUCUGGAGACACCUGUGAAAGGUGCCCUACCUGUGGAGACUCCUGUAGCUCUGCUAGAACCUGUGUGGAGUGUCAUCUACAAGCAGAAGACGAGGCCACAGAGGAGUGUGUCCAAAGGUGCAGCGUCCCUCACGUCUUCGUCAACAAUUCCACAGAAUACGAUGAGAGCCGGUCCACGCUGUGUACCCUAAAGAGUGAGAACAACUGCUUCAUCUCUUUCAGUGUGGUGGCUGGAGACGCAGGGAGCACUGUGUAUAAUCUAAAGAUGUACGACUGUCCUGAGCCCCCCAACAUAGCUAUGAUAGUACUGGGGGUCUCUCUGUCCAUUCUCACCAUCGGCCUCAUCCUGCUGGGGGUGUGGAAGCUGUUGAUCUCAGUCCACGACCGCAAUGAGGUCGCCAAGUUUGAGGCCGAGAGGGCAAAGGCUAAAUGGCAGUCGGGUACAAACCCUCUGUUUAGAAGCUCGACAUCCACGUUUAAAAAUGUAACUUAUAAAAGUGCAGGGGGACCGAAAGUUGAUAUUCAUUCAAUGGAUGGCUACUGAUAAUGACAUCAGCUUGUAUAUGUAAAAUAUUUACCAGCAGUUGAGUGCACUGGAAGUCCGUUAGGGCAGUUGUGGAGAUGUUUAUGUUGUAUAGUAUCUAUCUAUGUGUGUGUGUGUGUGUGUGUGUGUGUGUGUGUGUGUGUGUGUGUGCGUGUGUGCGUGUGUGCGUGCGUGCGUGUGCAUGCAAGUGUGUGUGAUUGUAUGUGUGUGGUGUAAGGACAAAUUGUAAUCACCACAAUGUGCAACAUUGUAUCACUCCAUAAGGUCUGGAUCUUCUUCAGGGAUGCUAUCUCAUAUCAGCAGACAGACAAUGGAAUGUCUAGCUAUGAAUCAUCUCUACAUGAAAUGACUUUGAUUUUGCUGCUCUUAAAGUUGUCUUUGGUACAAACGCUCUGCUGAAACUGAACACUGGAUUUUCCCAUUUAGGUUGUUACAGAUGUAGGAUUUUAAUUUGAUCACCCUGUUGCAGGAGAACUUUCCUGCAAUGCAGGAAAUGCAAAACUUGUGGUGUAUUUGAGGUUUAAAAAGGUUUCUGAAGUUUGUAAUUUCCACUUUGAAAUGUCAGAUUUGUCCAUUAAUUGUAAUCCACAUAAUAUUUUACAUUUCUGGUUGCUGCAGGGUUAUUUUCUUGAUGUAGCAAACUGGCUCAAAUUAAGAACCUACAUCUUUACUUUUUUUCAUAGACUUUGGGUUGGGACAUAGGUAGCCUAAAACUAAGAAUAAGCUAAGUAGGCUUGAUACUACUGCAAUAAUGUUUCAUGUUUUUUUUGUGUUAUGAAUGUUUUGCUUUGGGUUUUGAGUCGAGGCUGAGCCUUGAAUUGUGUAAUCUUGAUUGGAAUCAUUUUGAGAAGAAUAAUUGACUAACUUUAAUGUAUGGCGCAAAAAUAAAGUUGAACUUUUAAGUUGUUGCCACAUCA